AUGAGCAAGGCCCUGGGUCGAAUCUCCAAAUCACCCUUCACAUGCAGGAUAGAAGGGGCUGAACUUCCUCGACGAUUCCAUCAACCUACUUUCACUAUGUACAACGGUCGAACAGAUCCCGUAGAGCACGUGAGCCAGUUCAACCAAAGGAUGGCUGUCCAUUCCAAAGACGAAGCUCUGAUGUGCAAAGUGUUUCCAUCCAGCCUAGGACCGAUGGCGAUGAGGUGGUUUGAUGGCCUUAGGCCAAACUCCAUAGACUCUUUUAAGCAACUGACUCAGGCCUUUGGCUCACGCUUCAUCACGAGCAGCUGGGUACCUCGGCCUUUGGAUUCCCUCUUGUCUUUAUCCAUACGAGAGGGAGAGACCUUAAAGGCCUACUCAGAUAUGUACUGGGAGAUGUACAAUGAGAUAGAGGGCAAUUGUGAUGAUGUCACCAUCAGUACCUUCAAAAGCAGCCUUCCAACUAAGCACGGUUUAAGAAAAUCUCUAAUAGGGAAGCCUGUUACCAGCCUACAUCAACUCAUGGACAGAAUCGACAAGUAUAACAGGGUUGAAGAGGACCAGCAGUUGGGUAAGGGUAAAGCGAAGGUUGUCCCUCAGCAGAGGAGGGAUUGCAGGUCAGACUGA